AUGGCUUCAGUUCCUCCGCUUAUCGAUCCUCUAUCUUCUUCCCUACUCUGUUCUACAACCACUUCCAUCCCCGCCACCGCCUUCUUCCACCGUUUGUGUCUAACCUCAUCUCCUCCAGUGCUCGCCGCUACGCUUUCUUCUCCUUUCCGCCUUACAGAUCCUCGCAGACCAUUGCUCAUCGUCGCUGCAGCUACCACUUUGAUGUUCAAUUUCGUUCAGGUACAACUCUUCUCAGUAUUAUUCGUGUUCUUCCCCCCUGCUGUUCCUAACCGUCAAGUGAAAGCAAACUCCUCAACAUGGGAGGCAUCGGGUGAGACAUUAAACAACAUUGACCAUGAAGCAAUGGCUGUUGACCCUGCACUUGUAUUAACCAUCCAGGUUAUGUUGACUGACUUUGGGGUAGCAAAGCAAUUUGAUGAAAGCACAAGGUUAAAUUCCAUGUGUGGGACAUUAGAAUAUAUGACACCUGAAAUUGUACAAGGGAGGGGCCAUGAUAAGGCCGCUGAUUGGUGGAGUGUUGGGAUUUUAAUGUAUGAAAUGCUUUCUGGAAAGCCUUCGUUUAGAGGUGGAAACAGACAGAAGAUUCAGGAGAAAAUAGUGAAGGACAAGAUAAAGCUUCCAGGAUUCUUGUCAAGUGAAGCACAUUCGCUUUUGAAAGGGGUAAUAUUGUAA